GCUGCAUAGCCAUCAAAGUCACGAAAUGAGCGAUACAUUGCCUAGCUAGCUAAGAACAAUAUGGCUCAAUUUGUAUUUUAUAGAUCAGUCGUCAAACUAUAAUUUCUGGCAAGAAUGUCCAACAACAAGGUGAAAGGCCUCCUGAAAGGCCUACGAUACAUUUCUCAAAUUUUUGCAGAUAAUGAAAAAGAACCUGAAAUUCAGAUUGGCUUACCCACAGAUGUGAAGCAUGUCGCCCAUAUAGGAUGGGAUGGUCCUUCUGUAAAUUCUCCCACCCGGAUGAAUGAAUUUAAAUCGCCUUCUGGAUUUUCUUCAGAAUCGUUAAUUCUCCCCGAAGAUCACACGAGAGACAAUAAUGGUAGGAGAAGUGCAGGGGCUCCAAAUUCUCCUGCCAAAGAGUCGUCGGAACCGCCGAGGUCAUCGCGACGUCAAUCAUCGUCAUCAUCAACAAUCGAAAGUGUCACCGACUCUCCUAAUAGGGGGAAAUUAGAAAAGCCAAAACAAUCGAGAAAGUCAUCUAAAAGUUCUAUCAAGGACUCACCUGAUGGCACCAAAGUUACCCGAGUCACCUGCAGGUUACCCUCAGAUUCCAACCAAGCUGGGAGCGUGUCACCAGCACAUGAUCACGGCCACCUUCCAGUUCCAGAUAUCCCUAAAAAGGCUGGACGAAAGAAAUCAAAGGAGCAUUCUCUUAGUAAUGGGUCAAAAAAAUCAUCAAGAUCAUUAAAAUCUCAAGAUUCUCCUGAAAUAUAUCAUGAAUCUUCAUUUUCUCAUGCUGAGACAUAUCAAUCUCCAUUCUCAGAUCCAGGUCCUGGAUCUGAAUCUAUAUCCACAUAAAAAAAAAAUGAACUUUAUCCACAAACCUUCAAUCUAUAUUGUUGCACUUUACACAUUAAUUGGUAGCUAGAAUAGACUCUUAGUUGAGAUCAUUUCUCUAUUUUUCCACUCUUUUUCUUCUUCAUGGAGCCAUGAUACACAAAAAUUAUUGGAGCUAAUUUUUUUUCUUUUAAUUCAUCCUUUGUUGAAUGUGUUAUUUCUUGGUUUUUGCAUUUUUUUUUCUUGCUUGAUGAGAUCUGAAUCGAAACAAUUUCGUUUGGAUCUCACACGAAAUGUAUCAACCUUGCAAUUGUCAUCAAAUCUAGAGUUCC